AUGUCCUUUUUGCCUAAAAUCGUUGAAGAUUUCAAAAGGCUCAAAAACAGACUGGUGAUGUUCUCUGCCAAAGACAACGAAAACGUCUUAGUAGCAUCACCACUCCUUUGGAUCGAGGCAGACACUCCAUGCCAUUCUGAACCAUGUGGUUUGCGCGCACCGACAAGUCUGUACCCAUGCCGCAAAUGUUAUGUCCAUUUACAAAGAUCCAUGCCCAACCUCCAAAGCUCUUUGUAUUAUACUGAUGCUCCUUUGACUGGAAAUGCUCUGACAGCAAGUGACCUAUGCUUCGCAAAUAGGGCAACAGAUGCAUUGUUGGAACUACAGUCAUUCGAUCCAUCGACAGAUACUCCAGUUGAAGUUCUGCAUAACAUACUUCUUGAAGUUGCUAAGUAUCUAGUCAAUGAUUUGGUAAAGGUUGUACUAAAGAAAAAUCCUAACCAAAUGGCUAGAUUGUCCAAAGCCCUCAAGGAUUAUGAAAACUCUCAAGGAAUGUCAAGAAAAUUUGGAACUGCUCUAUACUACAACACCAAAAAAGGUGAGCAGUUUAACAAACACAUCCGUAAGCACCUAAUGCAUACCAAUAGGUUAAACACCUCAAGAGAUGUAUGUCUCAAGUUUGCCAAGCAAUCUGCAAUGAGACACAUCAUUGAUGCAGAAUUUCUUAAAGAAAACUUUAACAACAAUGUUAAGAAUAUCCUGUUUAGUGAAUUAAGAGACUUUGCUGAUAAUAACAACACUGAUGACAUUACAGAAAAAGUACUCUGUGACAAUACCUUUGCAGUGUUCAUGCUCAAGGAGAGUAGAGACUAA